AUGAUGGAGGAUUACACGGUGAGGAACGGAACCGACCCGUUCGGGAUGCCGGAAGGCUCCGAUGUCUUCGGCAGCGUCGUGUACGAGGAGACGUCAUACAACCCGCACCAACCGUUGCCUCACUCGUCGCUGUUCGCCGUACCGAUCGACGGCGAGUUCGAGUUACUGCAGGCCCUGCUGAACCCGAACCGAUCCGCCGGUGCCGCCUGGAACACGACGGCCGGGGCCACCGAGACACCGUACACCCCGUACGAGCUUCGGCCGGAAACGUACAUCGUGCCCAUCCUGUUCGCCGCCAUCUUCAUCGUCGGCGUGCUCGGCAACGGGACCCUCAUCAUCGUCUUCUUGCGCCACCGGGCCAUGCGUAACGUCCCCAACACAUACAUCCUGUCGCUGGCGCUGGCCGACCUGCUGCUGAUCGUGACCACCGUACCGUUUACGUCCAUCAUCUACACGGUCGACUCGUGGCCCUGGGGCAGCCUGCUCUGCACGUCGUCCGAGUUCAUCAAGGACGUGUCGAUCGGCGUGUCCGUGUUCACGCUGGUCGCCCUGUCCGGCGAUCGGUUCUUCGCCAUCGUCGACCCACUCCGGAAGUUUCACGCCCACGGUGGUGGACGGCGGGCCACACGGUUGACCAUUGCGACGGCGAUCCUAAUCUGGUUGCUGGCCAUCGCCUUCGCGAUACCGGCCAUCGUUGGCUCGCACAUUAAGACGGUCAUCGUCAACAAGGACGUGUCGUUCUACUUCUGUUACCCAUUUCCGGACGAGUGGGGCCCGGAGUAUGCCCGCGGUAUGGUGUUGGGCAAGUUUCUCCUCUACUACGCGGUGCCGCUGUUCAUCAUCGGCAUCUUCUACGCGCUCAUCGCCAGGCAUCUGAUCCACAGCGCCAAGCACGUCCCCGGCGAGAUGCAGGGCACCGUUCGGCAGAUUAAAGCCCGCCGGAAAGUGGCCGUCACCGUGCUGGCGUUCGUCGUGAUAUUCGGUAUCUGUUUCCUGCCAUCGCACCUGUUUAUGCUGUGGUUCUAUUACAAUCCGAACUUCAACGAGGACUACAACGGCUUCUGGCACGUGCUGCGAAUAGUGGGCUUCUGUCUGUCGUUCGCCAACAGCUGCGCCAACCCUGUCGCCCUGUACUGUGUCAGUGGUGCCUUCCGGAAACACUUCAAUCGGUAUCUCCUCUGCGAAGGAUCCUCCAGCAGUCGGAGGCGCCACGGGGACAAUCUGGCACCGAGAGAUACGUCCCUCACCAGCACCAUGUCCCGCCGGUACACCAGCAAACGGAUGCAGUCGCUACGAAUAAGUAACAUCCAGGAGACGACGAUCGUGAUGAUACCGAACGGAAAUGGCUCGAAACCCGACGGAACCGGCCCGGAGAAGGAGAUGGUCUGCCUGUCGUAA